AUGGAGAAACUCGCAAAUUCGUUUUCAGUGUUAGAACUCGACGCCGACGAUAACCACGUUCCCACCACUGCGGUGCACUGUUUCAAUGUUGGAAUUUGGGAUUUUAGUCAUCAUGAGAAGAAGCGGGAGUUCCUGGGAGCAGAGUCAUGGUUGUUUGGAGAAGAUGAAGAAUUGGGCACGAAGAAACCAUUUAAGACCAAGAUGAUACAUUUUGUUAACCUCUCUAACAUGACUCAAACUACCCAUGUCAUUCAUGUAGCUAACCUCUCUCGGUGGGAUAAGGUUGUUGUUGUUAACGUUUACUUUGGAGGUCAGAUUGGUAAUAGUGACAGGGGAGUUAAUCAUGAAAUUAGCAUUAUACCAGUAAAAAACAAGAAACAAGAUCAAGAAAUUCCAGUGACUCCUUCAUGUGAAUACAAGUUACCUCUUGUGUGGAUUGACUUGGAAAUGACAGGAUUAAAUAUUGAAGCGGACAGAAUAUUGGAGAUUGCUUGUAUAAUUACAGAUGGAUAUUUAACCAAAACUGUGGAGGGUCCCGAUUUGGUCAUCCAUCAAACUAAGGAAUGCCUUGACAGGAUGGGAGAAUGGUGUCAGAAUCAUCAUGCAGCUAGUGGAUUAACAAAAAGGGUGCUACAGAGUACAAUUAGUGAAGGAGAAGCUGAAAAGCAGUUGGUUGAAGACAAAGCCAGUCGUCAUGUGGCAUUCUAUUCCUGCAUCAAGCCAAUGAUAUCAGUUCCAGUCAUGUGGGGGUAUUGCAUGGAGGCCCUUGCUUGUUGUGUUGGAAGUGUUAUUGAAUUUAUUAAGAGAUAUAUUAACGUUGAUUCGUACACACCUCUCUUGGCAGGAAAUUCUAUAUAUGUUGAUUUUCAAUUUCUGAAGAAAUACAUGCCAAAGUUGGCAAGUCUAUUCUCUCAUGUACUUGUUGAUGUUAGUAGUGUUAAAGCUCUCUGCAUUCGCUGGUAUCCCAAAGAUCAGAAGAAAGCACCUUCAAAAGUAAACAGACACAGAGCCAUGGAUGACAUCAGAGAAAGCAUCGAGGAACUUAGAUACUACAAGGCAAAUAUUUUUAAGCCCAAGUCCAGGAAGUGA